GGGUGGCGUUCGCGGCCGAACUGGGCAUGCUCAGCACGCAGGGCUGGUCUAGUAGCGAGUAAGAAGCUUUGGGAUUACUCUGGGAGCGGAGAGAGCGCGCAGCGGGUCUAGCUGGGGAGAGUUAGGUUCGCUGGAAAGGUCCUCUUCUCAUCCUGCCUCUAUCAAGCAUCGGUUUGGGAGGCAGCUGGCUUCCCUGGCCGGAGAGAGUCGGGGGGCGCUGGCUCGGGUCGGGGAGUGGCGGGGCUUCUGCUAGUUCACCUCGCACCCAAGUCCAUUUCCUCGAUCCUUGUCCAAGGAGAAGAGCUGCUGAGCUCCAAGAAAAGCUUUUGUGCACCGCUCGCUGCUGGUUUGGAGCAAAGAAAAACAGCCUACCAAGGCCAUCUAUUAAGGGUAACAUCAUUGAAUUUAAGGAGUGAACUUUGUGGACUAGGAAUAGGAGCCAUAUUUUCAUUUUUAAGAAUAUAGUUGUGAGGAAGUGAAGGCCAGAAUGAAUGGACAUAUUUCCAACCAUCCCAGUGGCUUUGGAAGUUACCCUUCUCAAGUGAAUGGUUAUGGGUCUCCCACCUUUCCCCAGAUGGACAGAGAUCAUAACUCCAAAACAAGUGCGAAGGCUCUAUAUGAACAACGGAAGAAUUAUGCCAGAGAUAGCAUCAACAGCAUGUCAGAUACAACUCAGUAUCGUGUUGAACACCUGACUACUUUUGUUAUGGAUCGGAAAGAGGCUAUGAUAACAGUAGAAGAUGGAAUAAGAAAGCUGAAAUUGCUUGAUGCCAAGGGCAAAGUAUGGACUCAGGAUAUGAUUCUCCAAGUUGAUGACAGAGCUGUGAGUCUGAUUGAUUUGGAGACAAAGAAUGAACUGGAGAAUUUCCCCUUAAACACAAUUCAACACUGCCAAGCCAUGAUGAAUUCAUGCAACUAUGAUUCAAUUCUUGCUUUAAUAUGCAAAGAACCAGCUCAGAGCAAACCAGAUCUUCAUCUUUUCCAGUGUGAUGAGAUUAAGGCGAAUCUAAUUGCUGAAGACAUUGAAAGUGCAAUUAGUGACAGUAAAGGAGGAAAGCAGAAGAGGCGGCCUGAGACACUAAGGAUGAUUGCAAAAUCUGACAGCAGUAUUCCUCCUCCACCAAGAGCUCCUGCCCCUGUUCCCCCGGGGACCAUCACACAGGUGGAUGUUAGAAGUCGUGUGGCUGCCUGGUCAGCAUGGGCAGCUGACCAAGGAGACUUUGAAAAACCCAGGCAUUAUCAUGAACACGAAGAAACAGCUGAGAUGAUGGCAGCCAGGAUUGACAGAGAUGUUCAAAUCUUAAAUCAUAUUUUGGAUGACAUUGAAUUUUUUAUCACCAAACUUCAAAAAGCAGCUGAAGCAUUUACUGAGCUUUCUAAAAGGAAAAGGAGUAAGAAAAAUAAAAAGAAAGGUCCAGGGGAGGGUGUGUUAACACUCCGAGCAAAACCACCACCUCCUGAUGAAUUUUUUGACUGCUUCCAAAAAUUUAAGCAUGGAUUUAACCUCCUGGCAAAACUGAAGUCUCAUAUCCAGAAUCCUAGUGCUGCAGAUUUGGUUCAUUUUCUGUAUACGCCGUUAAACAUGGUGGUACAGGCAACUGGAGGUCCUGAACUUGCCAGUACAGUACUCAGUCCUCUGUUGACCAAGGAUGCAAUUGAUUUCUUAAAUCAGACUGUCCAUGUUGAGGAAAGGCAACUAUGGAUAUCAUUGGGAGAAACAUGGUUGAAACCCAGAGCAGAGUGGCCCAAAGAACAGUUUAUUCCACCCUAUGUGCCACGGUUCCGAAAUGGUUGGGAGCCUCCUAUGCUGAACUUUAUGGGAGCACCAAUGGACCAAGACCUUUAUCAGUUGGCUGAAUCUGUGGCGCAUGUAGCAGAGCAUCAGCGUAAACAAGAAAUGAAAAGAUUGUCUACAGAGCAUUCUAGUGUACCAGAGCAUCCUCCACCUGAUGGGCAUGCAUUCAAUAAUACAGCUUACAAAAGAGGGACUCUGCCGGACCAAGGGGAAGCUGCCCUUGCUUUUAAGCAGACUUAUAACCACCAUGUAGAUAGGAAUUAUGACCUACUCAAAGCCCCUCCCAAGAAAUAUGCCAAAUCCAAGUAUGACUUUGUGGCCAGGAAUAGCAGUGAGCUUUCUGUAAUGAAGGAUGACAUAUUAGAGAUUCUCGAUGAUAGAAAACAGUGGUGGAAAGUUCGCAGUGGAAGUGGAGACUCUGGAUUUGUGCCAAAUAACAUUUUAGACAUUGUGAAACCCCAAGAGCCUGGAUUGGGGCGUGCUGAUCCACCUUAUACUCAUACUAUACAGAAACAAAGGAUGGACUAUGGUCCCAGACCCACUGAUACUCCUUCAGCACCUUCUCCGCCUCCUCCAGUACCAGCAUCAGCCCCUGUCCCUCUUCCGCCAUCUGCACCAGCUCCUAUUAAUGUGUCAAAGGUACCAGCAAAUGUAACUCGCCAGAACAGCAACUCCAGUGACAGUGGAGGCAGUAUCACCCGAGACAGCCAGAGACAUAAACAACUUCCUGAAGAUCGAAGGAAAUCUCAGAUGGAAGAAGUACAAGAUGAGCUUAUUCACAGAUUGACAAUUGGCCGGAGUGCUGCCCAGAAAAAAUUCCAUGUGCCACGACAGAAUGUGCCCGUUGUCAAUAUCACUUAUGAUUCUACACCAGAGGACGUGAAGAUGUGGUUACAAUCAAAGGGAUUCAACCCAGUGACUGUUAAUAGCCUUGGUGUGCUGACUGGUGCACAACUUUUCUCUCUCAAUAAAGAUGAACUGAGGAGCGUUUGCCCUGAAGGAGCUAGAGUCUUUAGCCAAAUUACUGUACAGAAAGCUGCAUUAGAGGAUAACAGUGGGAGCUCCGAGCUUCAAGAAAUUAUGAGAAGACGGCAAGAAAAAAUUAGCGCAGCUGCCAGUGAUUCAGGAGUGGAAUCCUUUGACGAAGGAAACAGUCACUAAUCAUUUUUAACUCCAGUGUUCUUGGCAUUAUUCCAACAAGCUUUGUUUUGGGAAGCCAUGAAGGGAAUGUCACGUUGAUGUUUUUUUUGGUACAUGUCAUUUUUUUUUGCCAUAGAGGAACAAUGAAAACCUGAGUCAGCAGCUGGAUGUGCCAUUGGGCCCGUGUGUUUUAUAUAUGUAUAUACAUAUAUAAAACUAACGAGCUUGAAAACUGAUUUUUUUUAAACUGCAAAAAUACUUCAUCCAGUGACAUGAGAGCUGUAUUGUUUGAUUAAUUUUUUCAUUUUCCUCUCCAAGAUGAAGCGGCUUUUCAUAGCUUUGGAUUUGUAACGAACGACAGAGCAAGGACAGUAGUAAUUUGUACAUGGCUCUUAAUUCAAAUCAUUUAACUUUGGUCUGUCACGAUGGUGUCUGUGAUUCAGAGCGUCUGCUUGCUUUGGUUUGGGCCUCACCUCACUCAGGUCUCUACUCUCACAUGUUCUGUGGCAGGAUGUGUAGAUUUAUUUAAAGCUCUUAAUGCCAGUCUCUGAGAAGAUGAAACAUUGGAACCAACUGAAAAGUGCAACAAGGCCUCUGAUAAAUAGAUAUGUUUUGUGAGGCGCUAUUUUUGUCAUGGCUCUGUUGAGACCACAAUCUGUAUAGCCUGUUUUUUAUUUAGUUCCUGUUUCACUGAUUACAAAUCAUGCUAUAUGAAAAAGCACAAGGGGAAAAUGUAGACACACACGCUCACAUACACACACAAGCACACAAAUAUACACAUGCCACAAAAAACUACACUGUUAAAGAAAUAUCCAGAAAACAUUUUGAUGUGUAUCACAGUAUUUUUCCUAAAGUGAAAUCCUCCAUUUUUUUAUUUGAGAGAAAAUAGUAAGAAUGAAAUUUGGGCCAUUAUAGGUGUUGAUCUGUGUCAAGUUUUCUUCUGAAAGAAAGUAUUUAAUUUAUGUAUGUUUUAAUCUUAGAAGAAGAGAGAAGGAAAAAAAAUCCAGUAAAUGUCCCCAGUCCCCAUUAAAUGUUAUUUUUGGAAACGAUGAUUUUUGUCACUAAAUGUUUUAUUGUUCCACAUAUAUAAACAGAGGCUAUGUAAGAAUGUUGUAUAUUUUAACAUAAAUCCAUUUAGAGAGAUUAUCUAGUUUCAUUAAUUGUCAUAGUGCCUUCUUCACAUGUCAGCUAAAAGUCUGCAAUAAACAAUAUUUGUUGUAUGUUAA